AUGAAGGACAUGCUGACGGACUGUACUAUUGGUGUUGCAGGAUUUCUGCCCCUGAUCGGUUACCACCAUAUCCUCAUGGUAUUCAUUGGUCUUGCUAUAAUAUUACUAUCUCUCCUCCUAGCCGGCUGCUCCUCCUCCUCCCCACAAAUACCCACAAUCUUCCUAAUAUCCCUCUUUUAUGAAAAAUACGCCCCAGUAUUGGACACCGCCAUCGUCUCGCCUUCCAUCAACAUCGCCAUGAACAACAUCGUCGGCGGUGCACAGGUCGAGGUGCGCGUGGGUUACUUUGGCAUCUGCGUCCAGCCUACCGGCGGCGCGUUCAUUUGUAACUCAAACGCCACCGCGCUGGCGGAUAUAUUACAGCCGGAGGAAGAUCCGUUGAAUCUGGUGUGGGUUGCGUCGACAUUCAAGGAUGCAGUUGUUUUUCCGUAUUUGAUAAUCGUCGCCAUAAUCCUCGCUUUCUUCUGCUUCCUCCUCCUCGCCACCUUCCCAGCCUGGCACGAAGUGAUUGGCGAAGACGGUGAACUACGCGAAGUGAAGCGGUUUCCCUCCAGACCCGUCUCGCAAGCGUGCCUGGCGCUGAUUUUCAUCUCGGUGGUAUUUAUCCUCGUUUCCGUGCUGUGGCAACACACGGCGGCUGUGGCUGCGAGUGCGAUCGCGCAGGACCUGGGGAAUGGGGUUGUGAAGAGCGGGGUGGGGACGUCGGCCAUGAUACUAGGGUGGAUUGGGUUUGCGCUGCUUGUUACUGUGACGAUUGGGUUGUUGAUGAUGAUUUUGAGUAUCAGUUUGUUCGUGAAUUUGACGGACGACUGA